AUGACCGAAUCGAUAGAUAGCCAAGAUGCGCGCCGCAAAGAAUGCGAGGUGCUUCUGCGGGCCACCAUGAGCCCCAGUGACGAGCUGGAGAAAAUCAUCACAGCGCUACAGCAGACCACAAGUUUACGGGAAGCCCAGCAACUAUAUCUACAAGUACAUGCGCUCCCUUCACCCGAACUCGAACGUUUGCAGACGGUGAUUAAUGUGUACGAGCUGGCCGGCGAGAGGGCGACAAUUGUACAAGAUCUGUUCCAUGACCUCGAGGAACCUUGGAGUCUCGCAGGGAUCGCAGAGACGGCGUAUUCGCGCAUUCCUUCUCCAGAGGGGGCCUCUCUGCGACAAGCUCUAUUCCAGGAAGAGCCCACAGCGGUAGUACUGGGAUUGCUUAGUCGCCACGAGUUUUCCAUUCCGUCCGCGAUCGAGAACGAACUGGAGAAUGUGCUGCGAGAAGCGUUCAUCAAACACCAAUUCAAUAUUUUCACCACCCCAGUACACGUCCUCAUCUGGCGAGAUAGCGAGGCUGAUAGAAAUGAGGAAACAGACAAACUCCUGGCCGAGGCGCAGAGGACUCUGGCAACAAUACGACGAUUGUCGCUUGUCGUGGACUAUCCGGAAGAUAUUGCCAUCCUGCUGCAGCUGGGAUUCAGCUCUGCCGCUGCAAUUGCGGCCUGUCCACUGGAACAAUUUACCGCAUCAGUGCCGUCUGGGAUUCAGGGAAGUCUGACGCAAAUCCACGCCCAUGCGACAUUAAUCGAGUCGAGGAACGAGCAUUUAUGGGCACAGCUACGUACGGCACCAGGAGGGCCUGUGUCUACCUUGGACUCCAUGCAGAUGGCAGCCGCGGGAGUUGGCGUGGCCGCGUAUGAAGGGUUAGCUGCUGCAGAUGAUGCUUCACAGAUGAAGGAGAUGCGGGAGAUGGGAGGGAUGGGGCAUGUUCAGUUGAAGUCCAUUCAAGCGACUGUCACAAACACAGAAAUGACGAAACGAACAGAGUUGCAACCAUUAUAUGCUCAAGUUGCCGCCGCAGCUGACGUUCUCGUCGAUAUGGACAACGUCGCUUGCGAAGACUGCUGUUCGCUGCUGAGUUCGCCCGCAUACUUCGUCGAUCUCCUGCGCCUGCUCAAGAACUGCUGGAUCGACCCCAAGAAGCUCGCUGCGGGGCCCAGUGUUCUCGACCGUCUACUUGGACGACGCCCGGAUCUGCAGCAUCUACAGCUUUCUUGUGCCAACACCAAGAUCGAAAUCCCCUAUAUCGACGUGAGCAAUGAGCUGAUGGAGUCUAUGGUGGAAUUCCUGGAAGAUUCGAAUAUCUCAAGCUAUGGCACGUAUAAUUGUCGCGACAGCGAUACUGCUGCUGCCCUGGCUGCUGAACCACUAAACGUGAAGUGGCCGGUUUAUGACAAGUAUAUUGGCAAGCUCAUGACUCCGAUGACAGCUCUGCCUUUCCAUCUGCGCACUGAAGUUGUUCGCCACCUGCUGGCUGCGGUGGGAACCUCGCGUCAGGAACUUCUCGCCAUUAUGCAGUCUCCUCACCGGUAUGACCGCUCAGUAGCGGCGAAGCAUACAGUAUACCUCGAGCGCACCGUGGCGGCAGAAGUACUGGGUCUCUCAGAAAAGAGCUUCCUGGCCAUCACGGGAGAAUUGCUUUCCCCACCGGAUGACACGCGCCCGCUUCAACCACCGACCCCAGCGGAAUAUUGGGGCUACACAUCCUCGGAGCAGGGAAUUCUGGGCGAAAAGCUAGCCCUAAUUCAGGAAGAGCUGCUGCCGCGAGCUGGGAUUGCAUUUCUUGACCUGGUUGUGAUCUUGAAUGUCCCAUGGCUGAAAGGCGCCCUUCUGGUCCAAAAUCCCGAGACCGCGACGGAUUUCACGAAGCUACAGAAAUUACGUCUCUAUGAUCCCGAAGGAAAGCCAGGUGCCAUUGGCACCUUUCACAAGCUUGGCACGUUCAUCCGGCUAUUGGUGCGCCUAGGAUGGUCGGCAGCUGACCUGGAUCAAGCACUCACCGUUUGCCGUCCAGGGUACCAGGGGACUAUCACUGCAGAUAUGCUAGUCCAACUCUCCGCAAUCAAGCGACUGGUUGACCUGUGCCAAUGGCCCAUUUCUGAGCUUCUCCGACUCUGGCAGGACCAUAAUGAGUCCAAGCUGUGCCAAAUACUGGGUGUCCCAGCAGCUCGUGCAUACCACCUGCCUCUCGUCAAUAAGGAGAAAUUGAGAGACCCGGUAAAGACCCUCGAGUUCAUCACGCAGUGGAAUGAUCUGAUAGGCCAGGGUUGGUCAGUGGAUGAACUACUGGGUUUGUCAUCAACAGUAGCAGAGCAUCUCAGCGACACCAAGGUCUCUGCUUUCGUGUCCCAGCUGGCCUCCGACAUGAUCUAUCAGGAUAUAGCCAGAGAGAAUCCAUCAGAGCCCGCGAGCGACCAACCAGCCACCAGUCUUCUACCCCAAAUGUUCCUUAUUGAGCAACUCAAGGGCGUUGCUGAUAACAUCGACACUCGGACGUUGGAGCUGCUUUUGGAGACAUUAUCUCCGCUGGUCGAUAGGUUACGCGUCAAGCUUCACAGCAUUUUAAAGGAAAAAAUCAUAGCUAGCAAGGAUAAAACCAUUCCUCUGGAGUUUCUGCACCUUGUAGGUGAAAUUCAUCAGACUCUGUCUCGGGCCCUGCAGCUUGUGUCACAUGCGGGUAUGGAGCCGGAGCUUCUAGAGAGGCUCCAGCAGUCUUCUAGCCUCAAGCUUGACUUUUCCAAUUGGUCUCUGGAAAAUGUCCACAGUGUCAUGGCCCUUGCAGAGAGUCGGAUGAAUCGGCCUGCGUUUGAGCUCGUCCUGUGGGCAGCGAAGUCGAAGAAAGAUAUAGCAAGGGAAGAGCUGGUUAAUCAAGUUGCCAAGUUCCUGGGGGUUUCCAUCUCCCGGGCGGAGGCUCUUCUACGACUCAACUAUCCAGGAGCUGACCAGGAUUCACUGCUGAAAUUGUUUGCAGAUCCCACAGGCAUCGAAUCACGGAGAUUGAUACGCCAAGUGGGCUGGACUUCACGCUAUGGCCUUCACGGGGUUGAAACGUCGCUACUCUUUGAUAUGGCCACACCGGCGGGAGCUUCUGCUGAGCAGACUCCCAUUGAUGAAGUGCUCUCAUCCCUAGCCGGUCGACAGGCCUCCCUCGAAUCCAUGCAUAAUGAGCUGCGAGAACGCCGUCGCGAUGCCCUGAUUCAGUAUCUACUUCAACACCCUUCGAUCAAGGCCCAGAAUGUGCGUGACGCAGACAGCCUGUUCGAGUAUUUGUUGCUGGAUGUCCAGAUGGGAGCUGCCAUGCGUACCAAUCGUAUGUCUCAAGCAAUUGCUACGGUACAGCUCUUUGUCCAACGCUGUCUAUUGGGCCUUGAACCGGGUAUUUUAGCGAGCGUCAUUCCCACUGACCGAUGGGCGUGGAUGCAGCAAUACCGGCUCUGGGAGGCCAACCGCAAGGUAUUUCUGUACCCAGAGAACUGGGUAGACCCAAGCUUGCGCGACAACAAGACACCGGCUUUCCAAGACUUUGAACGUGAGAUGAUGCAAAGCGAGCUCAGUGAGGAGAGUGUGACGGACUUAGUCAAGAAAUAUAUCUACCAGGCCCAUGAGACCGCGCAGCUACACAUCCAGAGCUACCACUGGGACCGCCAAAGGUCGAGCUAUACAAUCCACGUUAUCGGCCGUACUCGUACCUCGCCAUAUACCUUCUUCUAUCGCCGGAUGGAUGGGCUUGUGGUGGACACCAAGGUAACUCCGACCUGGUCGCCAUGGGAGAAGCUCAAUUUGGACAUCCCAACCCAUGUCACUGACGAGAGUGGUCAGGCACUCUCUGAAGCCGGUGCAUAUGUUGUUCCCGUCAUGAUGAGCAAGCAGCUGCAUCUAUUCAUUGCCCAUAUCACUUCUAAGACUCGCCCCAUGGGGGACACAUCUUCAGUUGCUCCGAUAGAGGGAACUCACUACCCACAACCGGGAGCAAAGCCUCAAGGAUACUGGGAGAUCAAGCUUGGCCUUACUGUCCAGCGAGGAAGGCAGUGGUCUCCCGUUUCUAUUUCACACACUAGUCUGGAUGUCAAUACUCUAGAAGUCGACGGUGGCCAGCUCCCCUCUAUCAAUUCGUUCCGAUUUUGGACGCAUAAGGAGGUUAUGGCACAACGAGUCGCCAAUGAGGAGAAACCCGGGAAGACCAAACAAAUUGAGAGCACUCGGUUGACACUUCACGUCGAUCGAUGUGUGAAGAAAGGUGAUGGAACUGUAUCUGUGCCGGUGGGAAGCUUCCAGCUGAGGGGACAGGAGAUCCUCGCACACCCACCCAGUCCAUCCACGAGCCUGAAUCAUAAGGACACCACCGCGACCGUUUUUGGCCGAGUCAUCCCAGAUAUCGGAUACCCUAUCAACUUUGAUGUUGAAAGCUGGCGAACCAAGUGGGGAGUGACUUUGCACAAGGAGAUGGAAGCCGUUAUGCUGGCGGAAAUGCCCGGUGUGAGUCUGACGAAGAUGCCAGAUGUUGCGCUGCGGACUAUUGAAUGGACAACAUCGCUCGAAAGCUACAGCCAGUCCACGGCACUGGUCCUCGAUAUGGCGCAGGAGGAUGCACAAACUGCCCAGACUUGGUUCGCCGUGCCACAGUCCAUGUCCAAGGGCAGUGUUUCCCCCCCGUGCCUGCUCGUGUUCGAUGACAUGGCGAGUAUCUAUAUGAAAAUGAGGGAUCGUGACGUGGUGUCGCCCUCGCUGGCACCAGCUGUCUUCGGCAGUUUCCAGGGCAGCGCCUACAAGGAGAGCGCAACACCGGCUGCCAUCUAUAAUUGGGAGCUGGGAUUCCACAUGAUUUCGCUUCUAAUGGAGCGGCUCAUGGCGGUGCAAAAGUUCGAUCUGGCCCUCCGUGUCGCUCGUCAGAUAUUUGAUCCUCGCAUGGCCCGGGAGCAGCAACAGCUUCCCGGAGGCGACCAAACCACCGUCUGCUGGCGGUUUGCGCCUUUUCGAGAGCCAGAUGUGCGUAAUGCUGGAUCGCUCAGCGCCAUUCUUAGCAAAGCACAGGCGAGCAGCGGGGCCGAGGAUGCGAUGACGGUACCUGUGCUGGAAUGGCGACGGAACCCUUUCAACGCCCACUCCGUCGCGCGUAACCGACCAUUGGUAUACAUGAAGCGCGCUGCCAUGAAGUAUAUCGAGAUCUUGAUUGCGGCCGGAGACCAUCACUUCCGACAUUUCACGGCCGAGAGCAUUCCACUGGCAAUCCAGCGGUAUGUCGAGGCAGCUCACAUCUUUGGUCCGGCGCCAGUGACUAUCCCCAAGACCGUGAAGCCAGUUGUCCAGAGCUAUUCUCAGCUUUCAGCUACCGUUGAUGAUCUGUCCAACGCUCAUGUCGAUCUCGAGGUUCUCUUACCCUUCUAUAUCCCACCUCAUGCGCGGAGCACACUGCCCUCGUCGCCUUCGACAAGCAGUCAGACACUAGUGGGCAUCGUGCCAAGUUCUUACUUCUGUGUCGCCAUAAACCCAGAAAUCGUCAAGCUGCGCAGCACCAUAGAUGAUCGGCUCCUGAAGAUCCGUCACUCCUUGGAUAUCGACGGUCAGCCGCGUACGCCCCCAUCCUCCGGGCCCGUUAUUGAUCCUCGACAGGCUGGCCGGCAGAUGCUCGCACGAUCUGGCACGAGUACUGUGUCGCCUUCGGUGGAAGAUGGCCCGAUGCCAAACUACCGGUUCAUGGGCCUGCUCCAGCGAGCACUGGAUCUCGCCCAGGAGUUGAAGACGAGCAGCGCGACCUAUCUAUCAAUCAAAGAACGAAGGGACGGUGAGGCACUGGCCGUGCUCAAUGCGUCUCACGAAUGUACUGUUCAGGGUCUCAUGCUUAAAAUCAAAGAGUCUCAGCUGGAGGAGGCUGAGAAGACGUUGAUUCAGCUCCAGGAAACCCGCCGGAGCCCUCUGAUGCGCUUAGAUUAUUUCAGCAAUCUGACCGGUGACGAUCCUAUGGCACCCACGGCUACACAGGACUUUACCCUGAUUGACCAGCUUUAUGUGCCUCUGUCCAAGACGACUAUCAAAUCUGGCCAAGUCGAGAUUUCCCGUCUCAAUGUGUUGGAGGCCACGGAGAUUGAGCGGGCCAUGGAGGCUGGCGUGGCCAAUCUGGUUGCGUCCGGCGCGGAUGUCAUGGCCAGCACGCUCGCCAUGCUACCGGGGUUGAGCACGCAGGUGGCGCCCUGGGGUAUUGGAGUGAACGUUUCCAACCCGCCCUGGGGACAGCACUUCUCACUAGUUGCCAGCGGCGCACGGUUCGCGUCCCAGAUGCUGAGCGAAGAUAGCCAGCAGGCAUCGCGCGUCAAUCGACUGCAUAUGCAAUUGCAGGACCGCCGCCUGCAGGCUAACCUGGCAGGGUUGGAGCUUCGGGGCAUUCAGAAGCAGAUCGAGACGCACCAACAUCGAAUCGAUGCUGUGAAAAACGAGCUCAAACUGCAAGAAUUGCAGAUCAAGCACACCGCUGACGUCAAGGACUAUCUCAUGAGCAAGUGGACCAACGACCAACUAUACAGCUGGCUGGAUAACUCGCUACGAGAUCACCUGUACCACACCUAUAUCCUCGCUCUCCAGAUGGCUCGACAAGCGGAGCGGGCACUGCAAUUUGAAACUGGGUACCAGUCCAGUAGAAGCGCCAUUGUCCCCUCGAGUGGUGUGUGGGAUUCGACUCAUGAUGGCCUGCUCGCUGGUGAAGGCCUCUAUCGGGCCCUGAAGCAUCUGGAGCGCGAGUAUAUCCACCACCGGCCCAGCAGCCUCGAGAUCGUCAAGAACAUCUCCCUUCGCCAGGUUGAUCCGCUGGCUCUCCUGCGUGUGCGAGAAGAGGGUCUUGCGAGUUUCUCGUUGCCAGAAGAGCUGUUCGAUCUUGACUACCCGGGUCAUUAUCAUCGGCGCAUCCAGAGCGUGGCUGUGACAAUACCUUGCAUCGUGGGGCCCUACAGCAGCGUCAACUGCACUCUCACCCUGACAAGCCAUCGUUACCGAGUUGAUCCCACCGUCAACCUGCAGGGCAGUGACUAUGCAUCUAAGGGCCUUGAUGACGCUCGCUUCCACGAGGACAAAAUCCCGAUUACUGCCAUUGCUGUCAGCCACGGACAGCAGGACCCGGGCGUCGCGACAUUGGACUUCCAUGGAGAGCGUUACAUGCCGAUGGAAGGAGCCGGGGCUAUCAGCAGCUGGACAAUCGCGUUGCCAUCCAAGUAUCGCUCAUUUGACUACCGGACGAUCUCCGAUAUCGUCCUCCAGAUCCGCUACACGGCUCGCGAUGCCGGUCAGCAAUUAGCAAAUGCGGCAACCAAACAGCUGGCCAAGUACUUUGAUGCCGCUGCUGCCGUUUCCGCCGCGGCGGGCCUAUACACCACGCUUGACAUACAGAAUGACUUCUCUAACGCGUGGUAUGCAUUUAAAAGGCCUCCUAGUGGAGUUCAAAUCCUCCCCCGGUCCAUCCCGCUGCAGAACCUGUCGAACAUGAUCCCGUUCUACGCUCGUCACAACGGCGCUUCGACCGUUCGCGAGAUUUUUGUCUUCAUUGGUUGGGAGUCAACUGACCUCGGAGCCUUGUCCCGGCUCCAAGUGAGGUUCCAUGACCAAGUACUUAGCAGUCCCAGUAAGGAGGUUGAUCCACACCUUCCAGGGCUAACCUGCUUCCACGGGGUGAAGCUUUCUGUGUCCAUGUCAUCAAGCCCUGCUCUUACCUUCGAUCUGAUACGCACAACAACCGACCCACACACCCACAAAGAUAUCACACUGACUGAAGAUGAAGAGGUGGUUGAAUCGAAGAAGAUCGGGGCCAUGAUCGAGCGAAUGGCCCGUGUAUUUGUGCUCUUCCGAUAUCAGAUGAUGGGCGAUAGGAAGUAG